CUUCUGGCUAAGUGUUAUAAUAAGUUUUGGAAAUCUCGCGAGAGAGCAGUUACCAAGGAAACCAACACUGAGGGGGUUAAACUGAUGGGUGUUAAUUUUUGGGUUCGAAACCAAAUGUUCAUCUUUGUUGUUUAUUUAUGUUAUAAAUAAGUAACUUUUAUUUUUGUUAACUACUUUAAUUUAUUUGGACAAUGGGACGAGACUAUUACGAGAUUCUAGAAAUAAGCAGAAACGCGACGGAUGCAGACAUUAAAAAGGCAUACCGACGCCUUGCACGGAAGUUUCACCCAGCCAGUAACAGAGAACCAGGAAGCUAUGAGAGAUUUCGGCAACUGGGUGAAGCUUUUGAUGUUUUAAGUGACCUUCGUAAAAAGGCCACCUAUGAUAAAUUUGGAGAUGAUGGUUUAAAGGGUGGCAUACCUAUUGAAUUUUCCAAAGAUGGUGCUUGGUCUUCAAAAUAUGCCUACCAUGACAAUCCGGAGAAAACAUUCAAAGAGUUUUUUGGGAGUAACAAUCCAUUUUCAGAUUUUUACAUAAGCGAUCUUCCUCUUCAGUUUGGUGGCCUGACCACAGGGGAGAAUAAGUUUAAGGAUGAUCCCAUUGAACGAGAUCUCUAUUUGUCCUUAGAUGACCUUUUCCAUGGAUGCAUGAAAAAAAUAAAGAUAUCGCGCAAAGUCAUGAAUGAUGAUGGCUGCACGUCCAGCAUCAGAGAUAAGAUUCUGACUGUGACUGUGAAGCCUGGAUGGAAAGAGGGCACAAGAAUAACGUUUCCUAAAGAGGGGGAUCAGGGCCCUAACAACAUCGCUGCCGACAUAGUGUUUAUUGUACGACAGAAGCCUCACCCUAUGUUUGAGAGAAUUGAUAAUGAUUUAAUUUACCAUGCUCAAGUGUCACUGGAGAUGGCGCUGACUGGUUUCUCUGUUGAAGUAGAGACUCUGGAUGGCAGGCUAAUUAAGAUUCCAUUCAAUGAAAUUGUGCACCCAUUGUACAAAAAAGUGGUGCCUGAAGAGGGAAUGCCGCUGUCACAUGACCCUUCACAAAAAGGAGACCUCAUCUUUACAUUUGACAUCCACUUCCCUGAGAAACUUUCAGCUGAAAGUAAACUUCUGAUUAAACAGGCACUGCGUUAUUAAAACAAUAAUGUACAAAAUGUUAUGUUAAGACAUUAGAACAGUUUCAUUUGAACCUUUGUAUCUGUACUUAAAAUAAAUUGCUAAUAUUUUAA